AUGCUGGCCAAAGAAAUCCAGAAGAUGAAGAAGAUGUUUUACUUUGUCCAGUCUAAGAUCGACAACGACAUCCGAGCCGAGGCAUGGAAGAAGAACUACAGGGAGGAAGAUUUGCUCUCCAAGAUCAGACAGAACUGUGAGGAGUACCUGAAGACCGAAGGGAACCCAAAAGUCUUCCUCAUCUCCACCUUAGAGCUGGGGAAGUAA